UCCACAGCUCAAUGCUCAUUGGCCUUCUGCCCUCAUUAACCAUUGUCUUGGCGGCUGGUGUUGAUAAAAAAUUGUUUUUAGUUUUUAUUACGACGUUGUCGUUUUUGUAUUUUGUUGUUAUUGUCGUUCUGAGUUCGAACACCUAUAGAAACUCAAAGACUGUGAACAAGAAAUAAGAGUCGCACAACGCCGAGCGAUUACCGGACAAUUCUACUUUACGACCGUACCGUGAGUACGUUUCCAUCUCGAGGUGGUGUUGAAAAUCCGUUCCGAGUGAUGAAAGAUCGGCAAACCGCACCAGGAGAUGGUAUUAGAUCUCUAAAAACUUCCAGAGUGUUUCGGAUCAUCAACUUUGAGCUUUACUCAAAACCGAAUAAAGUGAUCAUGGCAUUAGGACUUGUGUCAAUAUCAUUCACGUUUGGAUAUCUAGUGUACAUGAGACACCAAUAUGAAAAAAUGGGAUAUUAUCCAGCUGUGGCAGAAGAUGGCCGCCAUGAAGUAUACAAACAAAGACAAUCCAAAUGGGAUUGA